CUGGACUAAAUGGAAGAAGCAAACCAGUCUGUGGUUUCUGAAUUUAUUAUUCUUGGACUUUGUCGCUCAUGGGAGCUCCAGGCCUUCCUCCUAGUAAUAUUUUCUUCACUGUAUUUGAUCACUAUUUUGGGCAACAUCUUCAUUGUACUUUUAAUUAUUGUUGACCUUCACCUCCACUCCCCUAUGUACUUUCUGUUAGCCAAUCUUUCUUUCAUUGACUUUUGCAUUUCCUCAGUCACUACGCCUAAACUGAUCACAGACUUUCCCAAGAAAAACAAAACCAUCUCUUUCGGAGGCUGUAUGUGUCAGAUUUUCUUUGGACAUUUCUUUGGAGGGGCUGAGAUGGUGCUCCUUGUGUCAAUGGCCUAUGACCGUUAUAUAGCCAUCUGUAAGCCACUCCAUUACUCCAGUGUCAUGAGCAGACAAAUGUGCAUUGGAUUAGUGAUGACAUCAUGGAUCAUUGGCUUUGUGCAUUCAAUAAGUCAACUAGCUUUGAUUAUAAAGUUGCCCUUCUGUGGACCCAGGGAGCUAGACAGCUUCUUCUGUGAUAUUCCACUGGUAGUCAAGCUAGCCUGCAUGGACACCUAUGUCCUAGAAAUGUUGAUAAAUGCUGACAGUGGAGUACUGGCAGCCUUCUGUUUCAUUGUGUUGAUGAUCUCUUACUCUUACAUUCUGUUUACGGUCUGUCAUCACUCAAAGGAUGGGGCAUCUAAGGCUCUCUCCACCUGCACUGCUCACAUUACUGUGGUGGUGCUAUUCUUUGGGCCUUGCAUCUUCAUCUAUCUGUGGCCACUCAGCAUCCCUUGGCUAGACAAGUUUCUUGCUGUAUUUUAUGCAGUCAUCACACCUCUCCUAAAUCCAGCCAUUUAUACUUGA